GAGCAGACCCCGGCCGAUUGGACGCAAAAGGCCCCGAGCUUCCGCCCGGGCCGACCGCCAGCCUUCUGCAGACCGCGCCGCCCGCUCACCCCACUUAGUCACCCGGGCCGGCUGUCCGCCGCCGUCUCCGCGCUGGUGUUGGUCGCGACUGCGCGCGCAGAGCUUGAGCCGGCGCCGGCGGGAAGGGGAAGCGGCGGCUCGUCCUGGGAUUCUUUCUGACACCAUUUGCGGAAACAGCUUUCUGAUGGUCUCGGCAAAGAGUUCAAAGACCACCAAACAUAGGUCCUUUUUACUUCCUCUGGGCAUUUCCAAAUCUGCCUCUCAAGUUUGGAUCUCUUGAGUUUGGAACCAGACUAUGGGCCGUUAUCCUUUUAAUUAAUUCAUCAUCAUUAUGGCUAGUGAGAGGUGUUCCAAGGCUCCUGAUAAUCCAUUCCCAACAGAUAAACAUGCCCAACUCAUCUUGGCCCAGAUCAAUAAAAUGCGGAACGGACAGCAUUUCUGUGAUGUGCAAUUGCAAGUGGGAAAGGAAACUUUUAAAGUUCAUCGGCUGGUUUUGGCUGCCAGUAGUCCUUACUUUGCAGCUUUGUUCACUGGAGGAAUGAAAGAAUCCUCAAAAGAUGUUGUACAGAUUCUAGGAAUUGAAGCUGGAAUCUUCCGAGUCCUUCUAGAUUUCAUUUACACAGGUGUAGUGAACAUAAGUGUGAAUAAUGUCCAGGAGUUGAUUGUUGCUGCAGACAUGCUACAGUUGACUGAAGUUGUUAAUCUUUGCUGUGAGUUUCUGAAAGGACAAAUUGAUCCACAGAACUGCAUUGGGAUUUUUCAGUUCUCUGAGCAAAUUGCCUGCCAUGAUCUUUUGGAAUUCACAGAAAACUACAUUCAUGUUCAUUUCUUGGAAGUUCAUAGUGGGGAAGAGUUUUUGGCACUUACAAAAGAUCAGCUAAUCAAAAUUUUGCGAAGUGAAGAGCUUAGUAUUGAGGAUGAAUACCAGGUUUUCUUAGCUGCAAUGCAAUGGAUUCUGAAAGAUCUGGGGAAGAGAAGAAAACAUAUGGUGGAAGUGCUAGAUCCAGUUCGUUUCCCUUUAUUACCUCCUCAAAGGCUUUUAAAGUAUAUAGAAGGUGUGUCUGAUUUUAAUCUUCGUGUUGCAUUGCAAACACUUUUGAAAGAGUACUGUGAGGUGCGCAAAUCUUCCAAAGAAAACAAAUUUUGUAGUUUUCUGCAGACAUCUAAAGUUCGACCUCGGAAGAAAGCAAGAAAGUACCUGUAUGCAGUAGGUGGAUAUACACGAUUGCAGGGAGGUCGUUGGAGUGACAGCAGAGCCCUCAGCUGUGUGGAACGCUUUGAUACCUUUAGCCAGUACUGGACUACUGUAUCUUCGCUUCACCAAGCUCGAUGUGGACUAGGAGUAGCAGUUCUUGGAGGGAUGGUCUAUGCUAUUGGAGGUGAAAAGGAUUCAAUGAUUUUUGACUAUACUGAAUGCUAUGAUCCAGUUACUAAACAGUGGACGACUGUGGCUUCAAUGAAUUAUCCUCGCUGUGGCUUAGGAGUGUGUGUGUGUUAUGGGGCUAUCUAUGCCUUGGGUGGCUGGGUUGGAGCUGAGAUAGGGAACACCAUUGAACAAUUUGAUCCUGAUGAAAAUAAAUGGAAAGUAGUUGGCAAUAUGGCUGUGCCACGCUAUUAUUUUGGAUGCUGUGAAAUGCAAGGUUUAAUUUAUGUAGUUGGGGGCAUCAACAAUGAAGGAAUAGAGCUUCAUUCUUUCGAAGUUUAUGACCCACUUUCCAAACGUUGGUCUCCACUUCCACCAAUGGGUACUAGAAGAGCUUAUCUUGGGGUGGCUGCACUCAAUGACUGCAUCUAUUCUGUUGGAGGGUGGAAUGAAACUCAAGAUGCUCUUCAAACUGUAGAAAAAUAUUCCUUUGAAGAGGAAAAGUGGGUUGAAGUUGCCUCGAUGAAUGUGCCUAGAGCAGGCAUGUGUGUUGUGGCAGUCAAUGGGCUUCUGUAUGUUUCCGGAGGUCGGUCUUCCAGCCAGGAAUUUUUGGCUCCAGGUACCUUGGACUUAGUUGAAGUUUACAAUCCUCAUACAGAUACAUGGACAGAAAUUGGUAACAUGAUCACCAGUCGUUGUGAAGGAGGCGUUGCUGUACUAUGAAAUACAAAGCACUAGAGAACACAAGAAAUUUUUCAAGAUACAGGACCUGAACUUUUGCAAAUCAAGCAUUUAUUUGGUGAUAGAACUCUGAUCCUAUUGAAUUUUCCACAUAUUUGAUAAUUGAUUAAAAAUAUUUUUAUAAGAAUAUAUGUUAGAGGGGAUAUAGGUUAUAUCCUAAAUUAAUAAAGAGCCCACAGAAAUUUGUAAGGCUUACCAGUAAAAUUGCCACUUCUUUUUUUGUUUUUUAAGUUUUUUUUUUUUAUUCCCUUUUGUUGCCCUUGUUGUUUUAUUGUUGUAGUUAUUAUUAAUGUCGUUGUUGUUGGAUAGGACAGAGAGAAAUGGAGAGAGGAGGGGAAGACAGAGAGGGGAAGAGAAAGACAGACACCUGCAGACCUGCUUCACCGCCUGUGAAGGGACAUGCCUGCAGGUGGGGAGCCGGGGGCUCGAACCGGGAUCCUGAUGCCGGUCCUUGAGCUUAGCGCCACCUGCGCUUAACCCGCUGCGCUACAGCCCGACACCCAAAAUGCCACUUCUAUUCUAGAAUUGUCCAGCAAAAAGUAGAAUUCUGUUUGUAAAAAUGACUUGGAAAAUCUUGGAUGGAAAAUUCUUAACAAGCCCUUUUAGUUGCUUUUCCAAUACAAUUCAAGAUGUAACAUGACCUUUAGUUUCACACUAUGCUCACCACUAGAGUUCUUUGCCCCCCCCCCAACAAUAACCACCAUAGUUCUCACAAAGUCUUAAUAGAGACAGUUUGUUUACUUUUCUUUGUUUUGCAAAUUUGGAUGUUUCAGUUCUCUAGAUUCCACAUGUGAGUAAAACCAUCCAGUAGUUGUCUAUCACCUCUUACUUUGCUAAGCAUAAUUACCUCCAGUUCCAUCCAUUUUGUCCCAAAAGAUCUUUAAUUUUUUUUUUAUUUAAAUUUAUUUUUUAUUUAAGAAAGGAUAAAUUAACAAAACCAUAGGGUAGAAGGGGUACAACUCCACAUAAUUCCCACCACCCAAUCUUCAUAUCCCAUCCUCUCCCCUGAUAGCUUUCCCAUUCUCUAUCCCUCUGGGAGCAUGGACCCAGGGUUGUUGUGGGUUGCAGAAGGUGGAAGGUCUAGCUUCUGUAAUUGCUUCCCCGCUGAACAUGGACGUUGACUGGUCGGUCCAUACUCCCAGUCUGCCUCUCUCUUUCCCUAGUAGGGUGGGUCUCUGGGGAAGCUGAGCUCCAGGACACAUUGGUGGGAUCUUCAGUCCAGGGAAGCCUGGCCGGCAUCCUGAUGGCAUCUGGAACCUGGUGGCUGAAAAGAGAGUUAACAUACAAAGCCAAACAAAUUGUUGAGCAAUCAUGGACCCAAAGGUUGGAAUAGUGGAGAGGAAGUGUUGGGGAGUUACUCACUGCAAUCUCUAGUGUACUUCUGCUUUCAGGUAUAUAUUUUGCCCUUGUUUAUGGAUACGUGUGAACAUAUGCUCUCUCUCACAGAACCUGGUGUAUAUCUAGGUUUUGGGACUUUGUUAGACAGUGAUCCACCUGGGAUGGAAUUAGAGAAUGCUAUGAAAGGAAAGGUCUCACCCGAGUAAUGAAGCUGAAGGGUUGUCAUUCCACACCUGAAGUCUCUGGACACAGUCUGAGCUGAAGCACCGUCUCUGACCCAUCUUGGACAGAGCCAAAAGAUCUUUAUAUAAUAAUAGAAAUCAGUGCUACAUGUUAAAGUUGUCUGCCUGUGAUUCAUUCAGAGCACAACUGGAAUUUGUAUUAACCCCAGAACUUUAUUAGAGAUAUACUGGAAGGGUCAUGUGGAAAAUGUAUAGAAAGUGGGAGUCCGGCGGUAGUGCAGCAGGUUAAGCGCACAUGGCACAAAGCACAAGGACCAGCAAAGGAUCCUGGUUCGAGCCCCGGGCGCCCCACCUGCAGGGAGUCACUUCACAGGCAGUGAAGCAGGUCUGCAGGUGUCUAUCUUUCUCUUCCUCUCUAUGUCUUCCCCUCCUCUCUCCAUUUCUCUCUGUCCUAACAAUGACGACAUCAAUAACAACAAUAAUAACCACAACAACAAUGAAAAACAAGGGCAACAAAAGGGAAAAUAAAUAAAUAUAAAAAAUAUUUUAAAAAAGAAAAUGUAUAGAUAGAUAACUUUUUGCCUAUAAUAACAAGCAUUCAGAAAAGCUUUUGUUCACUCAUAAUUUUUGUUUUAAUGCUGAGAAAGCAGGUGAGGAAUAGUGAUGAUCUUUUAUUACAAUAGGUUGGUGCAGUGGGUUACCAAGCAGGGGCAUGCAUUUAGUAAAUUUCUUCCCAGUUUUCUAAAUGCACAUAAAAAUAUGUUUGGGUGGUCUGGGAGGUGGCAUAGUGGCUAAGGAACUAGACUCUCAAGCAUGAGGUCUUGAAUUCAGUCCCCAGCAGCACAUGUACCAGAGUUAUAUGUGGCUCUUUCUCUCUCUCCUUCUAUCUUUCUCAUUAAUAAAAUAAAUAAAAUCUUUAAAAAAUAUGUUUGAGGGAGUCAGGUGGUGGCGCAGUGGGUUAAGCGCAUGUGGCGCUAAGCACAAGGACCUGCAUAAGGAUCCCGGUUCGAGCCCCCGUCUCCCCACCUGCAGGGGAGUCGUUUCACAGGCGGUGAAGCAGGUCUGCAGGUGUCUGUCUUUCUCUCCCCCUCUCUGUCUUUCCCUCCCCUCUCCAUUUCUCUCUGUCCUAUCCAACAACGAUGACAUCAACAACAACAGCAAUAAUAACUACAACAAUAAAAAACAAGGGCAACGAAAGGGAAAAUAAAUAAAUAUUUUUAAAAAAUAUGUUUGGAUUUGAGAUAAGGGGAUUUUAUUGUCAAUUUUGUGAUGUUUAUGUGUAUUUGGACAAGCCUGUUAUAAACUUCCUACUUACUGCAUGGUUUAGAGAAGGUAGAAUUAUGGUCAGCUGUGAAAUUUUUAUUUUAUACAUGUAAAUUAAAUAGAUCUCUUAUUUCUUCUCAAAAGCUAUCAACCCUCCCACCUGACAAAAAUACUUCUGUCCAGUUUUGAGACAAUUAUUCAUGUGUAUGACUAUCACUUUAAUGUUAUUUCUAGCAGUCAGAGCCUUCUGUAUUAAGAGUAUGGCAUACAUUAAAGUUUAUUUACAUGA